GAGACCUUGGCAGCCGCCGGCGCCGGGGCUCGCCAGGCCCACUACGGCCACGUCACCGAGGUCACCCUGCCCCUGGUGUGCAGCUACAUGGCCCGCCGGUGGCAGCCGGUGGGACAGCUGGUUCACCUCGACACCGCUCUACUGGGCCACAUCCUCCGUAUCCUCCACAACCACCUGGGGAAGUGCCAGGGGGACUGGAUGCAGCAGCUCGCAGUCUUCGCCCAGCCAAUCAUCUGUGAGGCCUGCCCCGCCCUCCUGAAGAGCCACUUCCUGCCGCUGAUGGAGAAGCUGAGGAAACGGGCGGAGGGCAUCCUGCAGGAGGAGGAGCGCAUGAAGAUGGACGUGGCGUCCCACAGCGACCGCUCCGAGGCCGAGCUGCGCAUCCAGGAGAAGUUCAUGGUGCUGGUGCGGGACCUGUACGCCUUCUACCUGCUGCUGAUCCCCUUCGUGGAUGCCAAGCGAGCCAGCUGGUUAAAGGAGUGCGACCCAGAGGCCCAGCAGUUGUUUGGCAUGGUGGCCGACAUCUUUACCUUUUGGGCCAAGUCUCAUAAUUUCAAGUGGGAGGAACAGAACUACGUGGUCCAGAAUGAAAUCAACAACUCAGCCUUCCUGGUCAACAGCAAUGACAAGAUGUCCAAGCCCAUGGACCAUGAGAACAGGAAGUCAAAAAGGAAGGGGGAUCGCUAUUCCCCACACACCUCUCUCAUUGUUGCUGCCGUGAAAAGGCUGCUCCCUGUAGGCCUGCGUUUCUGCUCUCCAGACGACCAGAGCCUUAUCGCACUGGCCAAGAGCCACCUCCAUCAGAGGGAUGCAGACGUUGAGAUUCAAGAGCAUAUCUGUAAUGGUCUAUUACAGCUUCAGAGCCGGGACUCAACAGUGAGCCAGUGGCAGAAGGACCUCUACAGCGAGCCAAUUGGGCCGCAUAAGGACAGCACAGACAUCCAGAGCAAUGCAACGAGGAUCCUGCACAUCGCCCGCGUGCUCUAUUACCUGGAUCAGGUGGCACACCCUCAGAGCGGCAAGAGAGCCGCCUGGCACACGGUUCUAUCCAAGCAGAGGAAGAGAGCGGUGGUGGCCUGCCUCAGGAUGGCCCCCCUGUACAACCUGCCCAGGCACAGAGCCGUCAACCUCUUCCUCCAGGGUUACCACAAGUCCUGGAUAUCAGCUGAGGAUCACAGCUUUGAGGAAAACCUUGUGGAGGGUUUAGCAAGGAGGGGAGUGAUGAAGCACUGCGGAGCCAGCAGUGAGGAGGAGGAGGAGGAGGCGGAGGAGGAGGAGGAGGAGAAGAGGAAGCAGAAGGGGGUGGAGGAAUGUGCCCAGCCAAUCGAUCCCCUCCGACAACUCAUUACGCUCUUCAGCCAGAGCGCCCUGACAGAAGGAAGCAAACCUGGGAACGACACGCUGUAUAUGUCCUAUGCCACAAUUAUGGCUAAGAGUUGUCAAAGAAAGGAGGAAGAGGAUGAAAACGAGGAGAUGAAAACCUUUGAAGAGAAGGAGAUGGAGAAGCAGAAGCUGUUGUAUCAACAGGCCCGGCUCCACGACCGCGGCGCUGCAGAGAUGGUGCUGCAGACCAUCAGUGCCAGUAAAGGAGAGAUGGACUCCAUGGUUUCAUCCACUUUAAAGCUGGGUAUUUCCAUCCUGAAUGGAGGAAAUACGACUGUGCAGCAAAAAAUGCUGGGGUAUCUUCGAGAAAGGCGAGACGUGGGCUUCUUCAAGAGCAUGGCGGGCCUCAUGCAAUCCUGCAGUGUGCUGGACCUGAAUGCAUUCGAGAGGCAGAACAAAGCGGAAGGAUUAGGGAUGACUGUGGACGAUAGCUCAGGGGAGAAGGUGAUGCCAGACGAAGAAUUGACCUGUGAUCUGUUUCGUUUCCUGCAGCUGCUUUGUGAAGGACACAACUCAGAAUUCCAGAAUUACCUGAGAACACAAACCGGCAACAACACCACAGUUAACAUCAUCAUAUCCACUGUUGACUACCUGCUAAGGCUACAGGAGUCAAUCAGUGAUUUCUACUGGUUUUACUCGGGGAAGGCAGUGAUUGAUAACCACGGGCGGCAGAGUUUCUCUAAGGCCAUCAGUGCGGCCAAGCAGGUCUUCAAUACUCUCACCGAGUACAUACAGGGUCCGUGCACGGGGAACCAGCAGAGUCUGGCCCACAGCCGCCUCUGGGACGCUGUGGUGGGAUUCCUCCACGUCUUCGCUCACAUGCAGAUGAAGCUCUCGCAGGAUUCCAGGCAAAUAAAUCUGCUGAAGGAGUUGAUGGAUCUGCAGAAGGACAUGGUUGUAAUGCUGCUCUCGCUGUUAGAGGGUAACGUGGUGAACGGCACCAUCGGGAAGCAGAUGGUGGACAUGCUGGUGGAGUCCUCCAGCAACGUGGAGAUGAUCCUCAAGUUCUUCGACAUGUUCCUCAAGCUAAAAGACCUGACGUCGUCCGAAGCCUUCCGGGAGUACGACCCCGAGGCCCAGGGCUGCGUGUCCAGGAAGGACUUCCAGAAGGCCAUGGAGAGGUGCAAGCGCUUCUCCCCGCCCGAGGCCCACUUCCUGCUGUCCUGCACCGACGCAGAGAGCCCCCUGCUGGACUACGAGGGCUUUGUGGACCGCUUCCACGAGCCAGCCACAGACAUCGGCUUCAGCCUGGCCGUGCUGCUCACCAACCUGUCGGAGCACAUGCCCAACGACUCCCGGCUCGGCACGUUCCUGGAGCUGGCCAAGUGCAUCCUGACCUACUUCCGGCCAUACCUGGGGCGCAUCGAGAUCCUGGGCAGCGGGAAGCGCAUAGAGCGGGUCUACUUUGAGAUCAGCGGGUCGAGCCGCACGCAGUGGGACAAGCCCCAGGUGAAGGAGUCCAAAAGGCAGUUCAUCUUCGACGUGGUGAACGAGGGAGGGGAGAAGGAGAAGAUGGAGAUGUUUGUCAAUUUCUGCGAGGACACCAUCUUCGAGAUGCAGCUGGCGUCUCAGAUAUCCGACUCCGGCGCCGGGCAGAAAAGUUCUGGCAGCGAUUUAGAGGAUGAGGAGGAAAAUGUUAAUAGCAACAACGGGAAAGAGCCGGACGCAAAGCCUGGCUCGACACAUGAAAACGCGUCUGGUGCGCUGUUGCCUUUACUCUCCCGCCGCAACGCGAGGAAGUACUUCAAGCGGAUGACGGCGAGGGACCUCCUGGUGGCGCCCGUGUGGCUGGUCAGAUGGGUCCUCCUGGGCACGGCGGCGCUGGGCUGGGCCGCGGUGCGCACCGUCCUCUACGCGCUGUACGUGGCCUUCAUCAACGGGGGCAUCGUCGAGGCCUUCCAGAGGACUGGGGUGCUGGACGCACUAGGCAGCAUCCCGGAGCCCACGCUGGACCGGGUCGCGGAGGCGUCGGCCCCUCUCCGGGAUCGGCGGCCCGUCUCCUUCCAGAGAGAAGGGUGGGAGCUGGGGGAAGGGGCUGGGGCGGGGGGGGGGGCAAAGCCCCCGGCGGCGUCCCCUCGAGAGGUGGACCGCCUCUCAGCCAUAUUUGGUAUGCGCCUGACGAAGGAAGACGGGCAGUAUCGAUUCCACACGGACGACCCUACAGCGAGUCUGACCGACCUGUACCGCGCGCCCGCCGCUGGACAGAGCGCCCCAGGUCACUUUGUCCCCGGGGAGCAUCAGGUGAAGGUCCUGCAGGCUCCGGCGGGUAUCGGGAGGGGGGAAGAUGAGAAAGUGUCUGAGUCUCAGAAGAAAAUAGGAGACGUGACUGAGAAGACGGAGGUCAAGGAGGAGACCAGGGGGAAGUGGAAAACCAAGCGGUGCUCCAGCCAGUGUGAGGAACCAGACGCCCAGCAGUCUGCCCUGUGGGGGUUGAUGGGCAGCUAUCAGAUGAAGCUGCUGAAUUGCUUUGCGAGGAAUUUCUACAACAUGAGAUUGCUGUCUCUCUUCGUGGCAUUCGCUAUCAACUUCAUCCUCCUCUUCUACAAGGUGUCUCCCUUCACCGUGGAGGAGGACCAGAUCAGCGCUACGGCGGCGGCGGCCUCGUCCCAGCCCGAGGGGGCUCAGGACCCCGCCGAGGGGGGAGGUGGCGGCGACGGGGGCUUCUUCGUCCUGGAGGAGAGUAGCGGCUACAUGAAGCCCUCGCUGCGCCUCCUGGCCGUGACGCACACCCUCUUCUCCUUCUGUUGCAUCAUCGGCUACUACUGCCUCAAGGUGCCACUGGUGAUCUUUAAGCGGGAGAAGGAAAUCGCUCGGCGGCUGGAGUUUGACGGCGUGUACGUGACCGACCAGCCCCCGGACGACGACAUCAAAGGCCAGUGGGACCGAAUGGCCAUCAACACACGGUCGUUUCCCAACAAUUACUGGGAUAAAUUUGUCAAGAGGAAGGUGAUGGAUAAGUACGGGGAGCUGUACGGCAGCGAGCGGAUCGGUGAGCUGCUGGGUUUGGACCGCGCCGCGCUGGACUUCAGCUCCCAGAGUGCGGAGGCCAGGAGACCCAGGAGGGACACGGCCUGGAGCUCUCUAUGCUACGCCGUUGACCUCAAGUACCAGGUCUGGAAACUGGGGGUGGUGUUCACUGAUAACUCUUUCCUAUACCUCACCUGGUACAUGGUCAUGUCAGCCCUGGGCCACUACAACAACUUCUUCUUCGCCGUUCACCUCCUGGACAUCGCCAUGGGCUUCAAGACCCUGCGCACCAUCCUGUCCUCGGUCACGCACAACGGGAAGCAGCUGGCCCUGACGGUGGGCCUGCUGGCGGUGGUGGUGUAUCUCUACACCGUGGUCGCCUUCAACUUCUUCCGCAAGUUCUACAACAAGGGCGAGGACGGCGGCACCCGGGACAUGAAGUGCAACGACAUGCUCACCUGCUACAUGUUCCACAUGUACGUGGGGGUCCGUGCCGGGGGGGGCAUCGGUGACGAGAUCGACGACCCGGCCGGCGACGAGUUUGAGAUGGAGCGCGUAGUCUUCGACAUCACCUUCUUCUUCUUCGUCAUCGUCAUCCUCCUGGCCAUCAUCCAGGGUUUGAUCAUCGAUGCCUUUGGGGAGCUGCGCGACCAGCAGGAGCAAGUGAAAGAGGAUAUGGAGACCAAAUGUUUUAUUUGUGGAAUAGGAAAUGAAUACUUUGAUACGGUCCCUCAUGGCUUUGAAACACACACACUACAGGAGCACAACCUGGCCAACUAUCUAUUUUUUAUGAUGUAUCUCAUUAACAAAGACGAAACCGAACACACUGGACAGGAAUCGUACGUGUGGAAGAUGUACCAGGAGCGCUGCUGGGAAUUCUUCCCUGUGGGCGACUGUUUCCGUAAGCAAUACGAGGAUCAGCUGGGAUGACAAGCAGAGAGAUCCUACCCACCACCUACCUCCCCCCAUGACAAUGUCAUCACAUCUGACCUUGGUGGGCUACAUAAAGCACCCUCCCCACUGAAUCGGCUCCUGAGGAAUAUACAUCUAUCAUGUUUUACAUGUUGCCUUCGUAUGAUAAUUGUUUUUGAAAAGAUUACAGUACUUUAUACCAGUUAUUCUUAAGCAAUAAAAUACGUUUCAAUUUGAAAGUCCAAUUUACUCCUGCGACGCAGGCUUCUGCAUACCUCUCUUCUGCUCAGCCAUUAGCCAUCCUUUAUUUAUUUCAUCUCACGACUCUUCAUUUGUGCAUCCUCAUCUCUUUUUCUCCUCCCUCCGGAUUCUUUCUCCUCCCUCUCAUCUCUCUCUUCCUCCUUCUCUCUAUUCCUCCCUCUUUCUCUUUCUUCCUCCCCUCCCUCUCUCUUCCUCCCCCUCUCUCUUCCUCCCCCUUCCUCCCCGCUCUCUUCCUUCCCCUCUCUCCCCCUCCCUCUCUCUUCCUUCCCCUCUCUCUGCAUCGGGAGCCUCAGUGUAAAGGAAUCUCGGUGCUUAGCGCAGUGAUGGAUGACUGCCUUGGUUCUAUCUGGGCCUCUUCCCUGGGGAGUCUCCAGCCGUGACUCAUAGUUGCGCGAGCCCACGGUGACUUUUGUUGAAAUUUUGCAUCCAAAAGUCACGAGAGUGAUCCUGUGAAUACAGAGCUACUAAGUGGCAAGGGAUGUGUUUGUGUUUUGGGGUCUGUGUGUGGGGAUUAGAGACUAGGUGCCAACUGCAGCUGUUGUCGUCUUUAUGCAGACAUGGAGACGGUUGAAACGGGGCUUGAACUCCGAUACAGGCGACUGGAGGUGGCUAGCGAGAGCAGCUACUUUGCUGCUGGUUUGGCGGGUCUUUAAGGAAUGAUUUUUCCUGAUGACUGAGGGGCUGAUGUUGGACUUCCAGGAGACAUUAAGGAGCCGUGUGAAAUGUGCAAGGUCAACCCGAAAAAAGUGCAAAUUUAAUUAAACCCAAACCGGUUUGAUUUCGUAUAGUAAGAAUUUGCAUUUGCCAGAUUCAGUUUAAAUGGAACCAUAUGUGCCUUCUUACUUACGCUUCCAAAGAGAAAGGAGGAGAAAGAAAAUCUUCUUGUUUGUAAAUCCUUUAACACCAACCGUCCACAGAAUCGCCAGAAGCAAUUCCAUGCAGCUCAUUUCAUUAUGUAAAACGGACACCAUUUAACGUCUUGUACACAGGGGGUAAAGAAAAUCCCUCUCAACAUUUUUCUUAAUUAACAAUCCAAUGGAAUUUUUAAUUAUAGGCAGAGGAACCAUUAUUAUUCUGAAUACAAAUAUGGUUAAUGUCAGGGUUUGGGUAACCAUGACCCUGUAGCCUAUGGUGCUUUUUUAUUGCAUGACAACUUGAGACCUUUGAACGUAAUUGAAAUGUCCCCAAGUAUGACAAUCACACUCCACAUCGCGCUCCUGAGCAGAUAUUUACAUAUAACCUAUACUGCUGUUCUUUACAGAGAAACCUCAGCCUAGAGACUGAAUAUAUACAUAAAAUAGUAGAAUGCCCUUUGAGAAGAUAUCAAUAUGUUUUGGUAAAACCUACAUCCAAACACAUAAAGACAAACCCCAACACCACUUUUUAUGGCUCUCAUUAAAAAAUUUGCUCUGGGUUUUACCGCAUAGAAGGCUUCCAAAAACUCCAUUAGCAGAACACAAUGUCCUUCACAAUGUCCGGCACCGCCAAGAAUACAGUGUUGGCAUCUGGGAGGAUGGUGACCACCUCUAUUACGGGUUCGUCAGAAGAUGGAUGCUCUCUCAUCUCUGCGUUUCCGUUGUGGUCCUUUAUUGGAGUUCAGUUUUAACUGAAAAGAAAUCGCUCCAGACCUACCGAAAAAAGAUAGCUAAAAUAGAAUGUCUGGCAGUGGAUAAUGAACCCGCUUGGGCUGAAAAACAAUCGGAAUAGUAAUGAAACUUCAAAUUAAGCGUAACCUGUAUCGAAUUCUACAAUAACACUGUGUGAUGAAUAGACACGCAGAACUUGGGGAGGGGAUCAGAAUGAAAAAUGCGAGCCUUCAAUUGUUGUUUAGAAUGAGUGAAAACGACACCGGGACCACGUACUCUUUGUCCCUCCAGCCCACCAAACCACUGACGCUGCUGUUCUGCUGGGCGCUGGGCUAAUGCGAUCCUCCUGCUCAGUGCUGAAGCUAAUGCACCGUACGUGAAGGUCCUAUCAGACACACACAGGUUGAGAAUACAGUCCUACUCCACGCCCCGCCGUCACUAUUUAUCCACAUCAGCAACAGCCUUAGUGACAUGGGGAUUAAAUCUCAUUAAAAGUACAUAUCCAAGCCCUUCUGCAUGGCUGGCUGACAGACCCAGUGCUUGGCGGGCCGUGUAGAGACCUUUAGAGGGGCAGGUGCUCAGACUGUGAGUCUUACCAGCUGAGGCUGAACACACUGCCAUGUUGGGGCCAUGUCAGAGCCACUUAAAUAGCCCGGGGCCAUGUCACUUCACUGUGACUUCCUGUUGCAGGUGGACAGACGAACUGUUGUUAGUUUGACAUGAACCAACAGCAGUUUGAGACACCCAGCCUUCUGAGAGACUCACGAGAAGGCGUCAUCCGAAUAUUAUUCUUAUUUUGUCCUCCGAACUAGAAAAACAAACAGAGAGAU